AUUAAUAAAACUAAAAGACGAAGAAAAAAAAAAAGGUAAGCAAGUAGCAGGCCAGGCCUAGAGCAGUGUAAAGAGUAAAGAGUAAAGGAGUGUUGUUGCUCUUCUUCAUCUUCCAAAUGUUAGUGAAAGAAAUGUAAUGAAUGAUGGCUUCUUCAAACCUCCUCCUCUUAAUUUAGCUUUCUUCUACCAUUUCAUAUGUUUUCUUUUCAUACUCCUGCUGCUCCUAUAUCAAAACUAACUUCUUAAUUCCGAGUAAAAGGAAAGAAAGAAACCGCCGCCCCUCAUGGGUUCCGAGCAGAACAGGUUCCCUCAGCAAGAACGGCAGAAGAGAUGGGGAGGAUGCUGGGGGGCGUUUUCCUGUUUUGGUGGUACACAGAAAGGUGGAAAGCGUAUUGUACCUGCAUCUCGUAUGCCUGAGGGCAAUGCAUCAGCCACCCAGCCUAAUAAUGGUACUCAGGCUGUUGCUGGGUUGACCAACCAAGCUACUACGUUAGCUCCAUCUCUUCUAGCACCACCUUCUUCUCCAGCGUCAUUUACAAAUUCUGCACUCCCUUCAACAGCUCAAUCACCAAGUUGCUUCUUGUCAUUAUCGGCUAACUCACCUGGAGGACCAUCAUCCACAAUGUUUGCCACUGGACCAUAUGCCCAUGAGACACAACUAGUUUCUCCUCCUGUUUUCUCAACCUUUACUACUGAGCCUUCCACCGCUCCUCUCACUCCCCCUCCUGAGUUGGCCCACCUGACUACGCCCUCUUCACCUGAUGUCCCUUUUGCACGGUUCUUGACAUCUUCUGCAGAUCUUGAAAGUGCUAAUAAGACUAAUUAUAUUGCUGCAAAUGAUCUUCAAGCUACAUAUUCACUGUACCCUGGCAGUCCUGCCAGUAGCCUCAGAUCACCAAUCUCUAGGACCUCAGCUGACUGUUUGUCAUCAUCCUUUCCUGAACGGGAGUUCCCUCCGCAAUGGGAUCCUUCAAUUUCUCCCCAGAAUGGCAAACAUUCUAGGAGUGGUUCUGGCAGGCUAUUUGGGCACGAUGUAACUGGUUCCUCCAUAGGGUCUCAAGAUACUAAUUUCUUUUGCCCUGCUACAUUUGCUGAAUUCUAUCUGGAUCAGAACCCACUUCCACAUGCUGGUGGGAGAUUAAGUGUUUCAAAGGAUUCAGAUGUUUACCCUACCAGUUGCAGUGGGCAUCAAAAUAAGCAGAGUAAAAGUCCUAAGCAAGAUGUAGAAGAACUUGAAGCUUACAGAGCCUCCUUUGGAUUUAGUGCAGAUGAAAUAAUCACCACUACCCAAUAUGUGGAGAUUACUGAUGUUACAGAUGAUUCAUUUACAAUGAGACCUUUUCCUAUAGAUAAACCUGCUUUUGAAGAAAGUACAGAACCUGCAUCGAUUGCCAAAGGAUCAAAGACAGAUAGGAUACAGGAAAACUUUCUGGAUGAGAAGAAAGGAAAAUCAAAAUCUGAUAUUGUCAAUUGGGCUGUACACCAUGAUGUGCAAGUUGCAUGCAAUGGAUACGAAGAUCAGAAAUCAAGGAGGCAGGUGGGUGAUGUCUCAGGAUCAAGUACGCCUAUCAACCAUACCUUGACUGAUGAAGAGGAUAUAUACUUGAAGAAGAGUUCAUCAAGGAGCAGGAAAUAUCAACUAGGCUUGUCUAGCUCUGAUGCAGAGAUUGACUAUAGGAGAGGAAGAAGCUUAAGAGGUAAAGGAGAUUUUGAAUGCCAUUGAGAAACAAGUAAGGUAUGAGCUGCUUCCCGAUGUAGUGAACUGCAGUUUUCUUUUGUUAUAACUUGUGUUAAUGGUUCUUUCUUUUGUUGUCCAUCUCUGGGUCGGGUGUGUGACCUGAUCUCUCUCUCUGAUUACGAGUGUAUUCUGUUAUAUUGACCCUAGCUUCCUGCUUCACUAUGAUUUACAUGUUUUGUGAUGCAUGUAAUCAUAUCUAUAUUAUACUCUUGUAAAAUGCAAUUUACAGCUCAAUUUACAUGUUUUGUAAUGCA